GUCCAGGACUGCCAAGUCGACCAUGUGGAGCAGCAAGAUGGCGGCGCAGUGGAGGCCCAUAGACGAGGCUUUAAAUGCCGGCAACGGGGACUUUCUGAGCAUCAGGAACCCUUGCCAGAUUGGUUCGUGUGGAGGCACCAUGGGUGCAGAGGACAUGGACACGCGGUCCUGUAUGGAACGCUCUGUCUUGGCCAUUUUUGAUGAGCCCGCUUCUUCAUCAGAGGACACAAGGCAAGCGGAAGAAGAGAGCGAGACCUUGCUGUCUGCUCUGAAUCAGAUGUUGGAGUGUGUGGAGGAUGAUGUCGGCAGCACGCUUUCUCCCUUUGACACCCUGCCUGACACCAAGCUCCUCAACUGUCAGGAAUUUGGGAACAGCAUGACUACUGAUGAGGUAGCCUUUACCGCCAAACUUAGACCGAGAACCAUAAAUGGCGCAGGAAAAGAAGACAAGAGCAAAGUAGCCAGACUUCAGCCAGUCUUCCAACACAAAAGUCGGACAUUUUUUCAAGGUCCAAAUAAGAAAGCAGAUACUCAAGUGAACAUCUUUACUACGUCUUCUCUGGUCAACCUAGUGAAACUCAUGCACCCCUAUUGCCUUAAGAUGCAUGUGGAGGAGGAGGGGAGAGACCACCGGGGCACAGCUGGACCACUGUCGCCCUGGGACAAACUACAGAAGAAACACACCAUAUUCUCCCAGGGAGAAAUAUGGAAGUAUAAGAAGCCAACUGCAGACAGUGACGAAGACAUAAAUGUCGUAUCUGAUGAUGAUGAUGAUACCCCCCUGAAAGAGAGAGAGGGUAAAGAGGGGAUUGCAAAAAAAGAGAGCAGCACACCGCUAAAAAGCGCAUUCCUCACGAGCAAAUCAUCCAAAGGUCCGUUCCCCAGGGCAAAGAAAAAAGUCCGUUUCGGCCCCGUUCAAGUGGCUUCAUUUGAUCAGUCUGUGGAGGUUGGAUUCGAUGAGAAGACUCUCCCAAGCGUCGCCGCUGCAGAUCCACCUAACGACCGAGUACUUAUAGCCCCAACAACAGCAUCCAUAUUAUCAGACUUGAAAAACCAGGCUGAGGCUCCACCGCCAAAAGGUGAGGGCAAAGCCAAAUCGCUAAGCCUCCAAGAGUACAGGCAGCUGCGACAGGAAAGGCACCCUCUGGUGGAGACAAAGGGGAGCAACACGACCAGGUGGCCCUCUGUUUCCAAGCCCCCCAAAGAACUGCCCCCCAUUCUCUGUUCACAUGGGCAGAGACAAAACCUCUGUGAGAUGAAGUCUUCACUCUGUCUGAUAGAAAAGUCUACAAUCAGUCCGGAUCCACGCCAAAGAGCUCCUUGCAAGGCGACAUGUCGUCAUCCACCCGGAGCACUCGACAAGAAGCCAUUGUUGGCCGUUAGGCAUCGCAGAUCCAAAUCACCUCAAAGUGAAUCUGAACAUACCUCACUUGAUGGUUCAAAGUGCCGUGAUGAGCACAGUGACUUCCGUGUUAAAGGAGCUGCAAGCAAGACAAGUCCAUUAAAGAAUCGGACAGCGCUCAGCACUGAUCCCCCAAACCCUGUCAUCAUUCACUUGCCCGUUAGCCCGACGGCCAACCCCUCGAAUUCUCACUCUUCUCUCAUGUCCAGCGUUGAACACUCAGUUGCAGCAUCACAAAUACAACAGUCCACUAUGGAACCUCAUUCAAGUCAUGAAGUGGAGUGCUACUUCCCAAUUACGCCUCAAACAAAAUCCAGUUCAGAAUGCAGGGAAACACAAAACCUCAUGCCUCAGAUUUCUCAGUCAGUAAAUUCGGAACCGGUAACGUGUGACCAAGGCCAGUCAGUCAGGGAAGUGUUAGCAGAGGGCCCCACAAGAUUUUCUCUUUCCGAGAAAGCACGACCAUCAUUUCAAUAUACCCGUCGCAACCAAAGUGCUGCAGCGGAGUCAGGGAUUGAAGCCUGUGAUCUUACCAGCUUGUUGGAGCAGUUUGAGGAGAAACAAACUGAAGAGGCCGAUCCAGCUAUCCUUUCAAAUGCUUUACCCGCAAACCUGCACAAAGACACAGAGAGGAAGUCUAUGCCUAUGCGGACCUCCACAAAGGAACCCAAACCUGUCAGAACUUUGAACUCCGUAAAAGCAAAACGCACCAUCAAAUAUCUGGAGCGCCAAAGAAACUUGGAACAUGCCACUCCUGAGCCUGUCAGCGCUGACGUCAUUCUCGACACUCGGGAAGUUGUCAGCCUAAGACGGAGAACACCGGCAUCCAAGGGCAUUCAGAUCAUUGAUCCUCGCCCUUUGCCAUGCAGGAAGACAAACGCGACAGAUCUCGCUGCAGCUCCUCACAUCUGUUCAUCGGUGUCCACAGAUCACGACUACUGCAUGUCUGUGGAUGAUUUGCAUCCAAGAGCCCCUCCGUCUCUUCUCAGGAACACUCGUGAAGUGGAAGUGACCUCCUCCUUUGUUAAAUGCAAUCAAAUCUGUAACUCUCCCAUCAGAACUGAUGAGAAAUACCAGUCAGCCUCAUCCACUUGCACCCCGACAGCCCCUUCAUAUACCCAACUUACACCUCCACCCAGCCCUCCGAGCAGAGGGCGAGAGAAGAGGAGAUACUCGAGAAGAUCCCCGCUCUCUGACGUUUGCUCGUCAUCGUCCAGCUCUCCAUCCCGCUCCCCAAAAAGGUCCCAUUGUGAGCAUUCAGGAAGCAGGUCUUCGUCCCCUUCUGGCUCCGCCUCCCCUUCCCCGCCUCGGCGCCGCAAACUGUCUUGUACGUGUUUAACAUCUAACAGAUCGAGACUCCGAUCAUGGUCUCGAUCCCGGUCGCCGUCUCCUUCCUCACCAACUUUUCAUACGCGCAGGAGAAACGUUUACAGAAAGUCCUGGAAACUGAAGAGGGAACACAAGGCAAGACUUCAGAAGCUGAAAGCCAUAGAUGAGCGCAGAGUCGUGUACGUCGGCCGCAUCCGCAGGUCCAUGACGCACGAUGAACUGAGGGAGCGCUUCUCUUAUUUCGGAGAAGUAGAAUGCGUGUCGCUACACUUUAGAGAUAAAGGUGACCAUUAUGGCUUUGUCACGUUCUACCGCAUGGAUGAUGCAUUUGCAGCCAUCGACAAUGGUGCAAAACUAAGAAGACCCGAUGAGCUGCCCUUUGACAUCUGCUUUGGAGGAAGAAGACAGUUUUGUAAUUCAGACUAUGCCGAUUUAGAUGCAAAAGUGGAUGCAGAGCAGUCUCCAGCCAAGAGCAGGUUUCAGGAGCUUGACUUUGAUUCAUUACUGAAACAAGCCCAAAGAGGACUGAGGUAGCAGUGCAGAGGAGAGGAUCGCAGAAGAGAGAACGACACCAACUUCAGAACUUUUUGCUCGCACUUAUGUUGCCUAUUUCAGUAUCUACUGCUCCCCACGGACCCCCCGCCCCAAUGAACAGUCACGUGGUGCGGUUUGUCGCUGAUGAGGUUCGGACUGAUAUUAUAAGCAGGUUUAGCAAUAUUUGUCUCAAGACUGGCUCUGCAUUUGAGGUGUGCAUUUUUUUUUCUUCCAAGUCAUCAAAAUAUUCAGUGACAUCAGAGCUAUCCAUACAUAAGAUAACCUUUAUUUGUCCCACACUGGGAAAAUUCGCAAAUUACAUAGUUAUGUAUUUUUUUUAUGCCCUUUAUAGACCAUAACGGCAGUAUUAUACCAAUAGGAAAACUUAACCAUGGUGUGUGUGUGUUUUAUCUGAAACUGCUUUAAUAUGCAGGGUGUCCAUGUAUGUGAAUAUACAAAUGUGUGAGAGAGAGACACACACACCUCCCAAAAAUUUAGUAAUAUUUCGCUCUCAGGUGAAAUUUCAGGAUGAGCUUAAAAUGCAUUCAUUUUGACAUCAUGCUUCAAACUGGACGUUCUCAGACGUGAGUGGCCACUGAGCUUAGAGUGUCAAAAGUGUCAUCGGCAGGUUGCAACAAAGCUAUCGAGAGACUGGAAGCGUUACAGAACGAUGUAGAAAUGGCUGUCCUUUGGCCACAUCGCAUGCUGAUGACCGCUACAUUGUGAACAAUGGCCUGAGAAACCAGAUGAUGAAAGCCACUCAACUUCAAGCACGUUUAAUGGAGGUGAGGGGUAGCUAAGUGUCACGUCAGACCAUUCAAAACAGCAGCGUGGUCUGUGCGCUAGAUCGCCUGCAAGGGUACCUGACCACACCAUCAGGCACCUCAUCUUGCAUGAGCAUUUACGGUGGGCCUCUCUGAGUUGUUCUCUGAUGAAAGUCAAUUCACGUUGAGCAGAAAUGAUGGCCAACAACCAUAUUUGAGAUAUGGUGGCGGCGGUGUUAACAGUGACGGCAAGGUGUAUGCCCUUUUGUGACAAUCUCAUACUACCUGAAUAAUCUAGUAAGGACUUCUGUACAACUGCACACUUAAAGUUGUUCUACAAAUACAGUACUGCUACUGGUCACUUUAAAAUGACACGAUUAUCAGCAUCAACUGCAAAACAGUCUUAGUAUUGUAUUCUACCACUGAUCACUUUAGCUCUGCUCGAUACGAUACGACAUGGUCUCACAGCUGUCAUUGGGUGGUACUAAUGCAUGACGGUACACCUUACACAACAGAAUGUCUUUUGAUACUUAUUUUUCAUGGUUGCUUGUUAUUGCUGAUAGUAGUGUCACCUGUACUAUCGGAGACAAAUUCCUUGUGUGUUCUACAUACUUGGCCAAUA